AUGCCGGAUACUCCUGGCCCUACAAAAGCUCUGCUGCUGGUGAACCUGGGCACGACGACUGCACCAACUGCACCGGCAAUUCGCAGCUUCCUGCGCGAGUUUCUUUCCGAUCGCCGUGUCGUUGAUGUGUCGCGGAUUAUCUGGUAUUUGAUUCUCUACGGCUUUGUCCUGCCUUUCCGCCCCCUCAGGAUCAUUCCCCUGUACAAGUCCAUCUGGAUCAACAAAGGUUCUGGCAUUGCCAUCAAUGGUAAAACGGAGGGGUCACCUCUAGCCCUGUACACGGAAAGCCUUGUCUCCAAGGUGCAGGCACUGUUGAAGACCACCACAGGCGGGGAAGUUGUGCUGCGUUACUCGAUGCGCUAUGGAGCGAAUAACAUCGCAUCAACGCUCAAGGCGCUACACGACGAGUUCCCAACGGUCCGCGAGUUGGUUGUUCUUCCGUUGUUCCCGCAGUACACCUCCACAACGUCCGCGAGCAUUUACGACGAGGUGUUCAAGUUCUACAUGGAUACUAAGCGCCGCUGCAUUCCAGGGCUGCGAACCGUUCGUGACUACGCCGAGAACCCGGUCUACAUCGAGGCUCUGGGAGAGAGUCUCAUGUGCAGCAUCAAGGCAUACGUCACUGAGAACGCCGGCGUCGUCAAGGAUUGGAGGUUAGCCCUGACCGACUUGCUCCCAGAGAUUGGUAUUAUUAUCACGUACCACAGCAUCCCUGUUCGCUACGUCGAGGAACAUGAUGACUACCCGCAGCGCUGUAAGGCCACCACAGCGGCCAUCAUGGCCUACAUAGAGGCCGAGUCUGGCAUGUCCUUCAGCGCCUGCCUAGUGCACGUCUAUCAGUCUCAGUUUGGCAGUCAACCGUGGCUUGGUCCGACUCUCACCGACGCAGCUGCUGCCUUUCCCCUUCCAGCCCACGACUCAAGGAAACUGGCUUUCAGUGAUGCCCACCACAAUAAAGCCCUCUUAUCUAAGCAGGCCAAGGUCUGUUUUGCCAUGGCGCCGGGCUUUGCUGUGGACUGUGUGGAGACCCUGAGCGAGGUCAAACUGGAGGCUGCUGAGGUCUUUAAAAAGAACGGUGGCCGCAGGUUUAUUUACGUUCCCUGCCUCAACGACAGUGACGCCCACGUUAAAGUGCUCAUCUCAGUCUUUGGCACCUGA